GGAAACCCUAGCCGCCAUAUCUCACGAUCCACUCGAGCACCAAGCCGAGGGAAGGUGAGGAGCGAUGGCGCGCGGCGUGGUGUCGGCGAAGGGCGGCGCGGUCGCGGGCAAGAAGAAGGGGUCGGUUUCCUUCACGAUCGACUGCACCAAGCCAGUGGAGGACAAGAUCAUGGAGGUCGCCUCGCUCGAGAAGUUCCUGCAGGAGCGCAUCAAGGUCGCCGGCGGCAAGGCUGGCAACCUCGGCGACUCCGUCACCAUCUCUCGCGAGAAGACCAAGGUCACCGUCACCUCUGACGGACCCUUCUCCAAGAGGUACCUGAAGUACUUGACCAAGAAGUACUUGAAGAAGCACAACGUGCGGGAUUGGCUACGCGUGGUUGCUGCCAACAAGGACCGAAACGUCUAUGAGCUCCGCUACUUCAACAUUGCUGAGAACGAGGGCGAGGAAGAAGAUUAGAUUGCACUACGCUUAUAUUUUAGUAUUGAACUCGUUGCAUUUUGAUACCUGUACCCGUAGUUUCGCAAAUGUCCCAUGUUAUGGUGUGGUAUGGUUAAUUUGAAGAAUCCUUAUGUACUGAAUCUCUGCAAAAAGCUAUGUUGUGGACAGAAGUGUAACGUGCCGGAUUUCUUGCAUUUCUUAGGGCUAUUUUGAGAACCCUAUUUUCUUAAGGGGUUUUUAUUUUUAAGUGAAAUUAGUUUAGUUUUUCUUUGAGAAAAAUAGAAAUCCUUUAGGGCUGAUUUGGUGGAUAUGGAAUUGGAGGGAAUCAGAGUC